AAGGAAGAAACAAAAGAUGGGGGAAAGCUUCACAUAAUUCGUCACUGCCUCCAUUGAGCCCAAUUAUAACAUCUUCAGGCCCAUCUCAUAGUUGAAGUCCACACUAUCACGAAAGCCCAUUAUCUCAAAACACUCGUCUUCCUCGGCCCAACCUCCCACACCUCAAGGGCGAGCUCCCUCUGUCCUGUCCUCCUCCAACGCUUCGUCGCGGCUUAAUGCUAACGCUCCCGCAUCUAACAUCUCUGACCUCCGUUCCCAGUGAAGCUCGAGCUGCUAGUUCACUCCCUUCUCUUUGCAGUCACGCCCUUCUCAAGCUCUCCUCUUGUUGCAGACUUGGAGUUCGGCCCUUCCCCAAUUGUUUUUCGCCAUGGUAUUUGGAUAUGCCCUUCUCUGUCUCUAAGGAAGCCAGUCUCCUCUUCUCCUUCACCAAUCGCCGGCCCACUUUCCUCUUUAACUCCCUUAUCAGAGCCUAUUCAUCUCUCAAUUUAUUCUCCGAGUCCCUUUCGAUCUUCCGCCAAAUGCUGCCUGACCUGAAGCCCUUUGAUUGCCGUACCUUACCUGCGGUCCUUAAAUCAUGUGCAGGUUUGUCGGCCCUACCGCUUGGUCGGCAAGUCCACGGAGCUGUUGUUGUCAAUGGGCUUGCCUCAGAUUUGGGCAAUUCAACCGCAUUAAUAACCAUGUAUGCUAAGUGUGGUGAUUUAGUUGAAGCACGUAAGGUGUUUGAUAGAAUGCACCAAAGGAAUGUAGUGACAUGGUCUGCGAUCAUGUCGGGUUAUGGAAUGCAUGGCAAAUUUGAUGAAGUAUUUGAGUUGUUUGACAGAAUGGUCGAAGAAGGAGAGAGGCCAGAUGGUAUGACUUUUACUGCAGUUUUGACGGCAUGUAGUCAUGGGGGUUUCAUAGAUAAGGGAAAGGAAUAUUUUGAGAUGAUGGAUAGGAGGUUUGGUGUGAAGCCAGGGUUGCAACAUUACACAUGCAUGGUAGACAUGUUAGGAAGGAAUGGUCAGGUGGAGGAAGCAGGGAACUUGAUUUUGAGAAUGGAAAUUGAGCCUGAUGAAGCCGUUUUAAACGCAUUGUUGGGGGCAUGUACACUUCAUGGCAAGGUCGAGGUGGCUGAGAGAGUGGCGGAGAGGUUUUGUGCGAAAGAAUUUAAUGUAGCAUCAUCAAUCUGACUAGUUUGUAUUUGGGUAUUUGCUAUUAGUGGGAAUGCAACUACGUCCAUUGAUUGUUUAGAGCCGUGGUGCUUAGCGUCUGUUUGAGGAUGAAUAAGAAGAUUUGCAUUAUGGCAACAAUACGAUUUCACUCGACGAUGAAGUAUUUGAUAUUUUGAUCCCCGCAUUACCAAUAAGGCAAGUUAUGAUACUGACGGUAAAGGAUGGGAUUGUGAAUGUUUUAAGAG